UGCCGGAGACGCGUAUUGGCUCGUUUGAGCCCGCGGGGCUCCAGGCUCCACCUCUCCGCCGGAGCCGUGCCUGCGCUGCGCUCGGUGCGGUGUGCGCGCAGGGGUUGUGCGCUCUCAGGUUACUCGCGUGAAGUUGUGGACCAGAGGAGAUCGAAGACAUCCGGCGACCCGAGGAAGGAGAAGCGUGGAGGGUCCGAAGAAGAAGGAACGCGGGAGCUCACGUCUCUGGUUUCUCUCACUGAGCUGGAUUACUGAGCGAGGAGACGCACCGAGACCAGUUUGUGGCGUUUAAUUGGGAGACCGAGCAUACCCAACAGUAUGCGGUGCAGCUAUGGCAGGCAAGAGUAAGACCGUCGUAAGGACGCUGGAGGAUUUAACGCUUGAUUCUGGUUAUGGUGGAGCCGCGGACUCGGUCAGGUCUUCCAGCGUGUCGCUGUGCUGCUCUGACACGCACCAAUCCAUCGCGCAUGGGGGCAACUGCUGGCAUCUGACGGAAUCCAUGCACAGCAGACAAAACAGUUUGGACACGGUCAACACCGUCCUGGCGGAGGACACCGAGAUACUGGAGUGCUCGGGUCAGUGCGCCAAGCUGCCCGAGCUGGAGGACGUGCCAUGGAGCCUCGGCGAGGUGGAGGGCGCACUGAGGAGGGACGAGGAGCUGAUGGUGGGGAACCCGCCGCCGGAGGUCCUGGCGCGGCUGUCUGCUCUCAUCGGCCGCGCGCUGGUGCGGGUGGCCCGGGAGGCGCAGCGGCUCAGCCUGCGCUACGCCAAGUGCACCAAGCACGAGAUCCAGAGCGCCAUCAAGGUGGUGCUCUCAUGGACCAUCUCCGUCAACUGCAUCACGGCGGCUCUGAGCGCACUGUCCCUGUACAACAUGAGCACCGGGGACAAGUUCAGCCGCGGCAAGUCGGUGCGCUGCGGGCUGGUCUUCUCCGUGGGGAAGUUCUUCAGGUGGAUGGUGGAUAGUCGGGUGGCCCUCAGGAUCCACGAGCACGCCGCCAUAUACCUCACCGCCUGCAUGGAGAGCCUGUUCAGAGAGGUGUUCGGCCGCGUCCUGCGCAGCGCGCUGGUGGAGAGGGACAACGGGAUCCCCAAGUUUACGCUGGAGUCUCUGGAGCAAGCCAUCAACGGGGACUCGGAGGUGUGGGGUCUGCUGCAGCCCUACCAGCACCUCAUCUGUGGCAAGAAUUCAAGCG